AUGGUUGAUUGGGGAGCACGCGUGAGUAUGAUAGGAGAAGUAGACUAUCGUUACUACGGAUUGACUAUCGAUGGCAUCGUGGAGCGUACAUUGUUACAAAUCUAUUGGAUUGCACGUGUGUGGUGUGGAGGGAGGAAAGAGGUCAGGCAACUGGAAUUUGUUUUAUGGAGAGAAUCGGGUUUGGAUGCUAACACUAACAAUUCGAUGAAACUCCUAUGGCAAGAUACAUCCAACCUAAAGAAACUCUUGCUUUGUUUGAGAGGGAAUGUUAAUGUUUCGGAGGGAAUGCUUGGGAGUGGUUACUCUUGA